AAAAGGCCUUUUGACUAAUGAUGGACUCUUAGAAAAAUUUAGUCACGAUUCUGGAUUGUUUUGUUUUUCAAACUUCUUUUUUAAUGGAGACAAGUAACGUGGGGUUUAGGUUUUGUCCAACGGACGAGGAGCUGAUAAACUAUUUUCUCAAGAACAAGAUUCUAGGUAAACCAUGGUUAGUCGACGAUAAGAUUAGAGAGGUUAGCAUAUGUAGUUACGAACCUGCGUCUUUGCCUGCUUUAUCAAUGAUCAAAUCGAAGGAUCCUGUAUGGUACUUCUUAUCUCCAAAGGAGUACAAGUCUCCAAAGAAGAGCCUGACGAAGAGGACUACACCUUCUGGGUUUUGGAAAUCUACCGGUAAGGAUCGAAAAGUCAAGGAGGAAAAAAGAAGAGACGGUAUUGUGAUCGGUAUUAAAAAGACCCUUGUGUACCAUGAAGGUAAAUCUUCUAAUGCAGUUCCAACUCCUUGGAUUAUGCACGAGUAUCACAUCACUUGCUUGCCUCUAGCUGAUCAGGUAACAUUUUGUCUUCAGGGGUUUUCUUUGUUUUAUCUUUUUCUUUGUAUGUAUCAUUGUUUCUAUCUUUUUGAUGUAACAUAA